AUGGCCCUAGCCCGUGACCCCCGGGAGGCACUGCUGUCUGCCUUGAGUGACCUUGAGGAGAACAACUUCAAGAUAUUAAAGUUCCACCUGCGGAAUAUGACCCUAUCAGAGGGCCAGCCCUACCUAUACUGAGGGGAACUGGAAGGCCUGAGUCGCGUAGACCUGGCAUCUCGACUGACUUCAAUGUAUGGAGCACAUGAGGCUGUGAAAGUGGUGCUCAAAGGUUUGACAGUCAUGAACCUGCUGGAACUCGUGGACCAGCUCAGCUUCAUUUGUCUAAAUCAUUACAGAGAACUAUAUCGUGAGCAUGUGCGCUGUCUAGAGGAGAGACAAGAAAGGGGAGUCAAUGGCACCUACCACCAGGUGCUCCUGGUGGCCAAGCUCGGCUCAGGGAGCCCAGAAUCACCUACAUGUCCUGUCCCAGAGCAGGAGCUGGACUCUGUCAUGGUGGAGGACCUUUUUGCUCCAGGAGAAAAGCCCCACAGAGAUCCACGCACAGUGGUCCUGCAGGGUUCUGCUGGCACUGAGAAGACAACACUGGCCCAAAAAAUGUUGCUGGACUGGGCCACUGGUACCCUGUACCCAGGUCAGUUUGAUUACAUCUUUUAUGUGAGCUGCAGAGAAGUGGUUCUGCUGCCUGAGGGCAAACUGGACCAGCUCCUCUUCUGGUGUUGUGGGGACAACCGAGCACCUGUCACAGAGAUUCAGAGGCAGUCAGAGCGGCUCCUGUUCAUCCUGGACGGCUUUGAUAAGCUGCAGAGGCCCUUUACUCUGGGGUUGAAGAAGCCAAGUUGCAGUCCCAUGGAGGAUAUGCUGCGUCUUCUAGUGAAGAGAAAGAUACUUCCCAAGUGCUCCCUUCUCAUCACCACUCGUCCCCUGGCUAUGCAGAUUCUGGAGUCCCUGCUGACACAGCCAUACCAAGUCCAUAUCCUAGGCUUCUCUGAGGAGGAGAGGAGAAGAUAUUUCAGCUCUUAUUUCACAGAUGAGAAGCAAGCCAGAGAUGCCUUUGACUUUGUCCAUGGAAGUGAUGUUCUCUACAAAGCAUGUCAGGUUCCAGGCUUUUGCUGGGUCAUCUGCUCCUGGUUGAAGGGGCAGAUGGAGAGAGGCAGGGCAUUCUCAGAGAUACCCACUAACAUCACUGACAUCUACAUGGCCUACGUCUCCACCUUCUUGCCAUCCAGUGAGAAUGGGGCUUGCUUGGAGCUUUCCCGGCACAGUGUUCUGAGGGGUCUGUGCUCCUUGGCAGCCGAGGGGCUCCAGCACCAGAGGUUCCUGUUUGAAGAGGCUGACCUCAGAAAGCACAAUCUAGAUGGGCACAGCCUUGAUGCUUUCCUGAGCAGCCACGAUUACCAAGAGGGGUUUGACAUGAAGAAAUUUUACAGCUUCUGCCACAUUAGCUUCCAGGAAUUUUUUCAUGCCAUGUCCUACCUUGUGAAAGAGGACCACAGCCAGUUAGGGGAGGAAUCCCGCAGAGAGGUAGGAAGGCUGCUGGAGAAGAAGGACCAGGAAGGGAAUAAGGAGAUGAACCUCACUAUGCAGUUUUUAUUGGACAUAUGGAAAAACGAGAGCUCCUCAAACGCUGAACUAAAGUUCUGCUUUAAACUUCCUCCCUGCAUAAUGCAGGAUCUCAAGUAUUUUAAAGAACAAAUGAAAUCUAUAAAGCAUAAAAGCACCUGGGAUUUGGAAUUCUCCCUGUAUGAGUCUAAAAUGAAGAAACUGGUGAAGGGUAUUCAGAUGACAGACAUAUCAUCUAAGGUGGGACAUUCAAAUGAAAGGAAUUCCCGCAGUGGGCAUGCAUUUUCUGUCAAAACCAGUUUGAAUAAUGGGCAGAAAGAAGAACAAAAACACCCUUUUGUGGGCAAAGUUACUACAGCAGGGACACAAAAGGAGACUUCUAACAGCAAAAGUAGAGGGAGAGUGGAACAAAAGACAAGGAAGUUUGGAGCAGUGGGAUGGGGAAGCAAGAAAUGGGCACAAUAA